GUUUAUGUACAAAACCCAUUGUGCUGUGUGAAGUGGAGACCAAAACUUAUUUUUGUCACUCUACCCACAAAAUCAAAGCACAAGAUUGCAGGUAGUAUUGUACUUCAUUUAAGUACAACAACAAAUACACCUGGCAAAUGCACUAUUUCACUUUGCAAAAAAAACCACACUCUGUUAUUCGAGAAAAGUUAUAAAUUUCUUGGACGCACAAAAUCGUCUGGAGCGUCAACAAUCUCUCUCGGGUUUUUGUUUUUCCUUGUGGUUUAAUUUGAGUCUAGUCGCUCAACUCUGCCUUCCCAUAUAUUGCUCGAAUAGCAAUAAAGGCAAGCAGCAAUAACGCAGCUGCAGUUUCGCGAGUGAACAAAAAAAAAAAAAACAGAAUACAAAAUUAAUACAAAGUGCAGUGAGUAACACUAAAAAAUUAGAAAAGUGAAGUGAGCGACGCCAAGAACGCCAAACAGCGAAGUGAAAGCAGCAAAGGGAGAGCAGUAAAGGCCAAGCAACAAAGUGCGAGCAGCAAAGGCAAAGCAGCACAGAAAGCAGCACAGGCCAAGCAGAAAAGGGAGAGCAGCAGAGGCAAUCAGCAAAGGCAAAGCAGUAUAGGCAAGGCAGCCAUCCCAGAAAGACAGCAGCAAACAAAAAAAAGUGUAGUGUUAAAUUUGAAUAACCCCAUGAACAAAAGUGAAUAGUAGAUAAAUCAAAUAAGUGCUUAUGAAAUUUUAUUUGUAUUUACAUUGAAAUAAAGCAAUUAAGCACACAUCAAUUUUGUUUGUGUAUGUACAUAGUCAAAGACUAGGCUUGCAAGUGCAUUGGAACGAUUACCCAGCAAGCACUUUCAAAUUAAAUUUGGGAAAAAUACUUUGAGGAAAUACUUCACUAAAUUUGCAAGUGCAAGUACAAGUGCAUUGGGCCGAUUACCCAGCAAGCAUACACUAAUUAAAUUCGGAAAAUACUUUCAGAAAUUGUUUGCUAAAUUUAUUAAUUUUUUUGUGCUUUCGCAAAUUCACGCUUCACUAAGAAACAACGCACUACUAAUUUAUAGUCUGUCCGUGAUUGGGUCUAUAACAUAUUUGCAAACAUUUUAUAAAUUUUAAUUUCAAGUUUUAGAUCUAAUUUUGUGCAACAUUUUUGCAGUUCCGGUUCAAUUUUUGAAAAAAAAUGGAAUCAAUUAGAGCCUUUACCACAGCUGCAGACGCUCUACUAGAGUUUGAGGAGUCUUUUACUCCAACAGCAAACAAUCAAAGUGCCUACUCUCUUGAAGUUCAACAAGCUGAACUGAAAUCUCUGUGGGCAGAGGUAAAGUCAGAAUACAAGUUGUGUUUGACAAAAGUGGAUCCUUCUGACACAAGAUCAAUUGACGACAUUAAACUUAAAUAUACAAGCUGUUACCACGCUUAUGUGUGUUGCGCGGCCUUGAUGGGCGAACACAUCCACAACCUCACGGGGUUCAACCAAAGCCCUACUUCAAAUUCUACAGUGAUUCAACCUGAACGGUUACAACAAACUGUAGAACCCGUGAGGUAUUCUAUCAAUUUACCGCCAUGUGAUACCGAAAUAUUUCAUGGCGAUGUUUUAUAAUGGCCCUCAUUUAGGAAUUUAUUUGCCGCCAUUUAUGGGAAUAACCCAAGACUAUCUCCGGUAGAAAAGUUAUUCCAUUUGAAUCAAAAAACGCGAGGUGAGACAAAAGAUAUCGUUUCGAAAGCGCCACUGACGAAUGACGGAUUCGCAUUGGCUUGGAAUAAUUUGCUGAGUAGGUAUGAAAACAAGCGAGUGCUUGUCAAUACACAAUUGAAUUUAUUAUUCAAGCUUCCGCACAUCUCCACAGAAUCUGAGACCGAACUCAGAAAUUUACAGCGGGAAAUAAAUAGCUGCAUUACAGCUUUACAAAAACAUGGCAUCAAUGUAGAUAGCUGGGAUGCCAUUUUUACGUAUUUGUGUUCAAUCCGACUACCGGACUACACACUAUCGCUUUGGGAACAAUCUCUGGAUUCGGAUUCAGAGAUCCCAAAAUGGGUUGAGUUAGACAAGUUUCUGACCAAACGGGUUAAAACGCUUGAGAGAGUAUCAAACCUCAAAGGCGAGUUGAGUACUCAACCCAAUAUUAAGUCGGCUGAUGGUGAAGAUCGGAUACCAACCUUGCAGUCAAGGAUUGGAUCUAAACCCCUCAAUGCCCAUCACGCAAAGACAAACAAUACCAGAUGUAAACUGUGCUCAUCUCAAUCGCACAUUUUGAAAACUUGUCAAAGAUUCAUUGAGAUGCAGCCUAAUGCACGGUUAAAUGCUGUCAGAAAACUCCACGUCUGCCUAAACUGUUUAACAGACUCACAUGAAGUAAAAAAUUGUAAAAGUAUGUUUAAUUGCAAUAAAUGUAAACAGAGGCUCUAUGAUUCACCGGGAUCAGAGUGAGGGAAUAGCUCAGACAUCUGACAGCACAGACACUACUGAGAUUUCUACUAAAUCUCAUGUGGCCUCUAUUAAGGCCAAUAUUUCAAAUGUGCCUACCAGUCGAAGCAUGCUCUUAGGUACAGCCAUGGUGACCAUAUGUCACAACGAGAGCACCUUCACUGUCAGAGCCCUGAUUGAUUGGGGAUCUGAAGCCACCUUCGUAAGCAAUAGUCUGCAAAAACGCUUACAUCUGGCAACCAAAAAGGUCAGCGCGCGAGUUUCAGGAUUGAAUAAUACCGUAUCAGGACGAGUUCAAUCGGUAUGCUCGAUCACAAUUGGCUCGCCGCGUAACAAAGAUUUGAAACUAGAAGCGGAAGCUUUGGUACUGCCAAAAUUGACAGGACUGCUUCCAUCCAGAUCAAUUAACUCUUCAAUUGUCAAAAGGUUACCUAAUAUCCCCUUGGCGGAUAAUAAUUUCUAUACGAGCCAAAAGGUUGACUUGUUGAUCGGAGCAGAUCUUUACCCGAAAAUCAUUCUAAACGGGGUAAAAUCGAAAAUCUUCGGAUCCCUAGUUGCACAGCAUACAGUGUUCGGUUGGAUUUUAACCGGUUCCGUUCCCUCCGAAGAAACGAAGAAACAACAUCAGCAGCAUCAGCAGCAGCAGCAGCACCAGCUACAACGGGAUCAAAGUAACGAUGAUGGCGAAACAAAUGAUGCGCCCGGCUCAUCGAAUCACACCGUUACGCAUGGUAGCGUCGGUGUGCCGACAUUGCCUGCAGCAGCGCUAUCUCUGUCAGCAACAUCCGUAGGCAGCACACCGCCGAGCAGCGCUGAAGCGACAAAUGCCAACAAUUUCGCUUAUUACACGGGUGCCGCUGAAACGGUGGCAGCAACGCACCGACAUGCUGUCGCAGCAACGCCACCACUACCAGCCUCAUCCCAAUCGUUGCCGCCGUCAUCAACUGUGGCGGCCUCAUCAGCAACAGCGCACUAUCCACCACCACACCAGCAACACUAUGUCACGAGCAACGCAGUGGCGCCACUGUCGGAUACCUUUCACCACGAGCAGAUGCAGCUACAGUUACAACAACAGUACGAGCACCGUUAUCGACUGCAAACAGCCCAUUAUCACCAGCAACAGCAGGCGCCGCCGUCUCAAUCGCAGCAAGAAGACCAACAGCCGUCUACACAAUACCAACAUGCGCGCAGCAACAGACAAGCAACGCAGUCGACAGUCAUACACCACACAACGAACACAUCACAAGCAGCAACAACAACACAGCAGCAGCAACCUGCAGCAAUGGCGCACGCGUUGACACAAAUCACACAGAAACAACAACAACCGUGUCAACGGACGUCAGCAGUCACUCAAAGCACUGACCAACGACGUCUCUCCCGCAUACCACAUGCCCAAGAUCGAGCCAGACUCGAGUCGUCUCGCCGACUUCGGCAUGCUGGUAACUUCCUUUCGGAUUGGCGGCAUGGCAACGAUCGACUGAGACUCGAUUCGUCUCAGCGACAUUGCCCGGACCGAACCAGACUCGAUUCGUCUCGUCGGCCACCCCAUCCAAAGCGAAGGCGUGGACGAGACGCUCGACGUCAAGCAGAUGCACGCCGUAUCAUCAAGGAUAGGCAAGCAGCACUACGGACGUUUACUCCCGGCUCACGUUGCCCGGGUUACAACCAGCGGCAAUGGGCCAACUCAUCGCCCAAAACACGUCGCUGGGAUAUAUCAUAUGCGGCGGCAUGGCAAUGACCGACUGAGAUUCGAUUCAUCUCAGCGGCAUUUCCCGGACCGAACUAGACUCGAUUCGUCUCGUCGGCCACCCCAUCUGCAAAGAAGACGUGAAAGAGGAAGUGCAGAAGCCAUUUAGUUAAGUUAGUUUUAAGUAAUUGAUUGUAAACUGCAUUUGCAGUAAUACUGCAAGGCGGGGAGAAUGUUGACGCCGCCCCCGCCCAAUUUCUUUUGCCACGUCUGUAUCGGCAGAGCAAUCUUUUCUUUUCUCUUUUCGAAGUUUUUUCGAAGUAUUAAUUCGCGCGCAACUAAACACUUACUAAAAAUUGCGCGCUCUCUUCUUUUGCGACAGCUCAGCUAUACAGACGUGGUAAGUGUGAUUCCAAUUUGUUAUAUUAAAUU